CAACCGAGCAAAUCGUUAUAGUACAGGCCCUACUGUACUAAGCCUCGCAUUGAGUUCUUGAAUGUUUAAAGCAAGGAGCAUCGAACGCCCUUGUGCUUCAUUGCAACGCCUACAUCCCUUCCCUUAUCAGCCAACUAUCUCUGACCAUUGCUAAAAUGCGCUUCACUACUUUAUCCCUCGCUACCAUCCUGGCACUCACAUCCUCUGCCUCUGCAGCCCCUCAGGCUAGUCAGAAACAGCUGCAGGACUGGCAGGUUACUGCUGUAGGCGUCUUCACGCCCUCAGGCCGUCCUGGUAGCUACCCUUGGGCAACCAUCAGAGCCAACGUUACCGAUCCCAACGAGAUCAACCUUGGACCAGCAAAAUCUGAUGGCAGCAAUGUAAUUGUUCCCGGAGGUAGUCAAGGCAUCAACUGCGAAGCCAAAUGGUUCACCAAGGGCGAGUCACCGCUCGGCCGCACAUGGCCGUGUGACGCUGUUAGCAAUGGCUACUGGACUCUGACUGUGCUGGCUGGUAGCCAGGGCUUCUCGCCUACCGAUUUCAAGCUGAGAUUCACUCACGUGGCUGAUGUGCUGUAUCAGGGUGCGGAGUACACAGGUUCUUUCAAGGCGGUGGGUAGCUUCAAGGUUGGGGAUAAUUUGUCAGGUACGUGUGGCGGAAGCGGAGUUUGUGUGUGGGGAUUAGCUGCUGGGAAAAACCCAGUGCUCAUAAAACCUACAAAGCAGUAAAUUGUCAUCUCUUAUUGAAAGAAAUUGGAUGGCGGGUUUCAUGGACAACAUACGAUCAUUCUAGUGGACGGGAAAUGGGGAGUUAGUAGAUAGUAAGGCCCCAUUAAUGCAAAAUUUGGAUAUCAACU